UAGAAUUAGAAUUGUCUUACCAAGGCCGAAUAUUUUGCUUUUGCAAUUCCAAUUCGCUACGCUUUUCAUUCCUUUCCAUUCCAUUUGUGUGUGGUGCUACGAAUGAGGAAGGAGAAGAAGCGGUGAUACACAGACAUCGACAUCGAGAGAGGGAAAGAGAGAGAGAGAGGGAGAGAAAAUGAGUAGUUACGAGGCGGUGACGGAGAAGCCGGCGACGGGGACGAAAUGGGUGGUAACGUGCAUGGUGGGAGGGGUGAUCGUGGGGGUGUCACUGUUGGGUGCAUACUCUAGCCAGCUUGGAAUGUUCUGGAAGAGCCGAAGACGCAACAAGAAACCCGUUCGUGUCUACAUGGAUGGUUGCUUUGACAUGAUGCAUUAUGGCCACUGCAAUGCCCUUCGCCAAGCUCGUGCACUGGGUGACCAAUUGAUUGUUGGGGUUGUUAGUGACGCCGAGAUCAUUGCCAACAAGGGUCCUCCCGUUACCCCUCUUCACGAAAGGUUGAUGAUGGUGAAUGCGGUGAAGUGGGUGGAUGAGGUUAUUCCUGAAGCACCCUAUGCGAUAACUGAGGAGUUCAUGAAGAAGCUUUUUGAUGAGUACAAGAUAGAUUUCAUUAUUCAUGGGGACGAUCCUUGCGUUCUUCCGGAUGGAACCGAUGCUUAUGCUCAUGCUAAGAAGGCUGGUCGGUAUAAGCAGAUAAAGCGCACUGAAGGGGUUUCGAGCACUGAUAUUGUUGGUCGCAUGCUUCUCUGUGUAAGAGAAAGAUCUAUAAGUGAUAGUCACAAUCAUUCUUCUUUACAAAGACAGUUCAGCAACGGCCACAGUCCAAAGUUUGAAGCUGGUUCACCUGCAGCAACUGCAAGUGGAACUCGUAUAUCUCAUUUCCUGCCAACAUCUCGUAGAAUUGUUCAGUUCUCAAAUGGGAGGGGUCCAGGACCUGAUUCUCGCAUUGUAUAUAUUGAUGGUGCUUUUGAUCUCUUUCACGCCGGACAUGUGGAGAUCUUGAGGCUUGCUAGGGAUCUUGGAGAUUUUCUUCUUGUUGGAAUACACACCGAUCAGACAGUCAGUGCAACUAGAGGAUCACAUCGUCCUAUCAUGAAUCUUCAUGAAAGAAGUCUGAGUGUUUUAGCAUGUCGCUAUGUGGAUGAGGUCAUAAUUGGUGCACCAUGGGAGGUGUCCAAAGAUAUGAUCACUACGUUUAACAUUUCAAUAGUUGUUCAUGGAACCGUUGCAGAAAAUAAUGAUUUUGAGAAGGAACAAUGCAACCCAUAUGCUGUUCCUAUUAGCAUGGGCAUCUUCAAAGUUUUGGAAAGCCCUUUAGGUAUAACAACUACUACAAUAAUUAAAAGAAUUGUCUCAAAUCACGAGGCAUACCAGGCAGAAGUUUAAUGUUUAGAAGGGAGAGAGGCAUACCUCAAUCCACGGAGCCUAAUGAAACGAAAUGAGAAGAAAGGGGAGAGUGAGAAAAGAUACUAUGAGGGCAAGGGUCAUGUGUCUGGAGACUAAUUUGUGUCUCGUUUGAAACACACACACAAACACAGUCUUAUCGAAAAAUAGGUUUUUGUUCGACUUGGAAAACUAUGUUGGACAUCGUGUUCUGCAUCUCUACAAGUUAACCAACACAGUUGACACAAGUAUGAAACAAGUUCUUUCCAAAUAACUUGGUGAUCAACUAAAUUAUGCAGUUGAAGUUCUACUUGAAUGGAAUAUUGAACCCAAAUGUUCAACUAUGCUACCAUCCCAACGCAACUUAUUUUUCUUCAUUUUUUUUAUCUUUGUAAUAACCUAUAUUAUAUUACUUGUGUGUGAGAAUUUGAUGGAGAGUUGUCUGAUUAAGUAUUAUUUUUUGGUUUGAUCAAUUAGAGAAAUUGUAUUGGGUAAAAAUAACAGUUGAAUAGUUUUAGAUUUGAAUUUCUGUUUGUUAUAGGAACUAAGUUGUGGUGUGUAUGAUUAGCAGUGUAAUUUAUGGACAUGGUUUUCAAUUA